GCACAUUUCUCCACUACAUCAGUCUGAAGGACACUUUCCUGGACCUUUCUGAGAGGAAAAAAAUAAUAACAAGCCCUUGAAACAGAGAGGAAAUUGGCCUUUUCUUCAGUGGGAUGAAGCAUGUAAGGCAUUUCACCCCCUCUUUAUUUGUCAGUUUGGUGCACGUUUGCCUGGCUCAGGCAAAUUAUGCCCCUUAUUUCUUUGAUAAUGGAGCCAGAAGCACAAAUGGCAACAUGGCACUUCUCAGCCUUUCAGAGGACACACCUGUUGGUACCCAUGUGUACACUCUGAAUGGCACUGAUCCAGAAGGCGAUCCCGUGGUGUACGGCCUGGCAUACGAAGCUGGAUCAAGACGCUACUUUUCUGUUGAUGAGAACUUUGGAAAUGUUACUCUGAUUGAAGAGCUUGACAGAGAGAAGGAAGAUGAGAUUGAAGUUAUCGUCAGUAUUUCAGAUGGCCUGAAUACAGUUUCUGAAAAAGUCAGGAUCCUUGUAAUGGAUGCUAACGAUGAGAGCCCAGAGUUCAUCAAUACACCUUACAUUGUCCAAGUCCCAGAGAAUGCUCCCUCUGGCAGCAGUAUCUUCAAGAUCGAGGCAGUGGACAGAGACACAGGUUCUGGAGGAAGUAUCACCUACUUCUUGCAGAACAUCCAUGCUAAUAAGUUUACAAUAGACCGUCACAGUGGUGUCCUGCGCAUCAAAACAGGGGUUACCCUUGACUAUGAGAAAUCAAGAACACAUUUUGUUGUCGUUGUAGCCAAGGAUGGUGGUGGGAAGCUCAGGGGAGACAACAAAGUGUUUUCAGCCACAACAACAGUUACUAUCAAUGUGGAGGAUGUUCAGGACACUCCUCCCAUGUUCGUCGGGACUCCCUACUAUGGAUAUGUCUAUGAGGAUACACUUGCAGGCUCUGAGGUCCUUACUGUUGUUGCUCUUGAUGGAGAUAGAGGAAAGCCUAACAGCAUUCAUUACUGCAUCGUGAAUGGAAGUGAAGGUUCAUUCGAAAUCGGCAACACAACUGGAGCUGUUUCUGUUAUAAAAAGCCCAAGUCAGCUCAAAAAAGAAGUGUAUGAACUGAAAGUCCAGGCAUCAGAAGUCAGUCAGGAAGGUGAAGUUUCAGUGUACGCUUUUGCCAUGGUGACUAUACGAGUGGUCGACCUCAACAACCAUCCACCAACAUUCUAUGGAGAAAAUGGUCCCCAGAAUAGAUUUGAACUGACCAUGUACGAACAUCCCCCAGAAGGUGAAAUCUUGAGGGGACUGAAGAUUACAGUCAGUGAUUCAGAUCAGGGAGCCAAUGCUAAAUUCAACCUCCGUCUUGUUGGACCUGGUGGCAUCUUCCGAGUGGUUCCCCAAACUGUCCUGAAUGAGGCUCAGGUUACAAUAAUAGUGGAAAAUUCUGCUGCUAUUGACUAUGAAAAAUUCAAGGUGUUAACUUUCAAGCUUCUUGCAAUGGAGGUGAACACACCAGAGAAAUUCAGCUCCACAGCCGACAUAGUGAUACGCUUGCUGGAUACCAAUGACAACGUCCCGAAGUUCUCAUCAGACUAUUACAUUGCCAGGAUCCCUGAGAACUCUCCAGGGGGCUCUAACGUAGUUGCUGUUACAGCUACCGAUCCAGAUUCAGGGCUUUGGGGAGAAGUCAAGUACUCUAUCUAUGGAACAGGAGCAGAUCUGUUCCUAAUCCACCCAUCAACAGGUAUAAUUUACACCCAGCCCUGGGCUGUAUUAGAUGCUGAGGUGAACUCGAAGUAUAGUUUCUAUGUGAAGGCAGAGGACACGGAUGGGAAAUACAGCUUGGCCGAAGUGUUUAUCACUGUGCUGGAUGUCAAUGACCACUCUCCAGAGUUCAAUGAAAACAUCCAGGAAAAGACGAUGAUCAUCGGGUCACCAGUGAAGAUAGAGGCUAUAGAUCAAGAUGCAGAAGAACCCAACAACAUUGUGGAUUAUUCCAUCAUGCAAGCAGAUCCAGCCAACGUUUUUGAUAUAGACCAAAGCACUGGGGAAAUCAAGCUGAAAUCCUACAUCCGCUCCCUGGACAUCAUCCACAACAUCACAAAUAACAAAGACUGCAUAUGGUCAGUGGUGGUGCAGGCCAAAGACCGCGGCUCCCCAUCCUUCAGUACCACAGCAGUUCUGAAGAUUGAUAUCACGGAGGAGACUCUUCACAAAGGGCCUAUGGCCGCCUUUUUGAUGCAAACUAAAGAUAACCCCAUGAAAGCCUUAGGAGUGCUAGCUGGUGUCAUGGGCAUAAUGGUGCUGAUAACUAUCAUGAUCUCUACUGCCAUGUUUUGGCGCAAUAAGCGGUCCAACAAAAUCAUGCCGGUAAGAAGGAUCAUCAAAAAGAGACAGACCCCACCAACCCGGACAGUCAGGAUGGAGUGGCUGAAGUUCAAGAGGCCCAGCAACGCUGCAGAGAAGUUUGUUGUAGAGGAUGAUGCCAAGAGCCUACACAACGAGAACAGCAACAACAACAUCCACGUUGUCCCUGCGCCACCAACUGCCCCCUUGCCCCCACCACCCCCAGCCCUGGCUCCUCCUAGUGGGGACACCCCAGGGUGGCGGGUGCCAACAGUAUCUGGCUCCCUUACUCCCAAAUUUAUAAACAAGCAGCCGAAGAAGAAAGGUCACGGCAGUGCCCACAGUGCCCUCGUGUCAGAGCUCAAAAUGAAGUUUGAGAAGAGGAGCACAGCUACUGGUGAGCCUCACAUUUAGGCAUUCUCAGCAGCCCCCAGAGACUGCAGAUUGUGGCUCUGCGUGGAUAUAUUUACGUGCUCUGGUCUUCCUCAUGUCUGUCAGCACCCUGUGAACUGAGAGCAGCUUCUCACUGCAAUAGCCACCCUUUACCUUCUGCAAGUAUUAUGUGCUAGAGAGUCACCCCACCUAUAGCAAAUGCUGCAGAACAUGCCCAGGUGCAACUGCUGUUCCUUCAGUUUGUGUACCGGUGCUUGUUCUUCCCUUCAGCUGACUGCCCAAGGUGCUGAGUACCCUCAUGCCAGCCACAGUCUCCCCAGGUGAACGGGGAUUCGG